GAAGAAGACCCAGAUCAUAUCUACAGUAGCGACCCGGUUCUUUUUGCUGCCGGUGAGUCGUCAUCCGCCGGCAGCUCAUGGUUGACAUGUGGUAACAAAGAAUGUAGCUUCUCAAAGCGACAAGUGUAUGAAAACGCCUUCACUCACCGAAGAAAAGUGCUGUACAUUUACGCCAAGGAGCGAUCCUCAAAAAAUAAUCCCAUUCGUUAUGGAGACGAGGUUGCCCUCUUUUACAGGGAAAAUGACCAAGGGUUUGGCUUGUGGCUGAGCUGUGAGUCAGACCGGAAGCAGUGUAGUUUAGGUACUUGUCCGGGGUUGCCACACCUUAAACACUGGAUGUGGAAUACGGAAUCGUGCCCAGAAAAUAAGUUCAUCGUUGCUGGCAGUUACAUCUCUGACUAUCACGACAGCCUCGGAAGAAGCCGCCCUUUGAAAGUUGGAGACCAAGUUCACUUCAUCAGGAACUCUACACGUUUGAACGGCACGCAAUCCGUAAGCUUCAGCGAUUCCUUCGCAUCCGAUUUGGGAGACAUACAGAUGUUGAUCGGAGGUCCUUUUCAAAGUGAUACUGGAAAACUGAUCAUACAAAAAGGUACAGAGAAUAACAUCUGAACGUUGAUAUUUAAAUCCAACCCUUUUUAAGCCCUUAUAACCUCUACCCAGUAUCGAUCUGGCUAAAGCAGGAAUAGAAUUAAAGUACCCUACUGUGAAAUCAAAUUAUCAAAUGCCCUAAUCUAAGUAAUGACACACGGAAAGGAAUAUUUGUUGUGUUACAAUAGUCUGCUUACCAGCAACUGCUUUGAUCGUGCUCUUAAAGACAGAUCUCGUCCUAUGUACAUGUAAGGGGGUCCGAAAUCCGGAAUCCACCAUUUUUUGGGCUUUGAAAUACGCAAUCCGGAAUCCAGGUAUUUUGGAGUCUAGAAUCCAUUUACACCGAAUCCUAAACGAUUUUGGAUUCCUUCACAUGGGGAGAAACAACGCAGCUAUUUUAAAAAGCCAGUCUCAGUUCAGUCAGCAAAGUCUCUUUUACCAAAAUAUUUGGCCUUGUUUUAGCAGUGAUGGAGUGCGGACACACGGUUCACCUCCAUCCUUUGGCUCUUUGCCUCGCUCAUAACCAAAUACUUUAGAAUUGCUUGAAGGAUUUUAAGCACCCAAUUGACAUGUACAAUAUUCACAGAUAUGGUGGAGAAAUGCGGCGAAGUGAAUUAUGACGUUCGCUAUAAAGUGUGUGACAGAUGUGGUUCCAAUCACUUUGUGCGUCCUAAGAAAGAGACCUGGAAAUGCUGCGCUGGUGAGAAGCCAUACAACCCACAAAAAUCUACUUGUUGCGAAGGUUUCCUGAGCGAUCUGUCUGGUGCUCUUAGAGAUGCGAAAGGGGCAAGAUGUUGCGGCGUGAAAGGCUACUUUCCUGAUUUACAAACUUGUUGCCGUGGUAAGGAACUAAGCCAUCGAUAUUUUUCAAUAGGGUUGGAUAACGAGCUCAGAAUCCCGAAAUCCUUAAAAAUUCAUAGUGUUCGUGUCGAUUUUCAGUGUUAUGCCUGAUUCUACUAUGUUUCACUCAAAAUUUAAUCCCUGAUUCCCAAAACGUUGAGAAUUUGUCUCUCUGAUCCCGCAAACGCUUUCCAAUUCCUAGAGAUUUCCUAAACCCUUAAUUUAACUGCCAAAAUGGAUCGAAAUGUAAAGCUUCUCCUCACAGUAUUUUAAUACAACGAUGUAUUAAAAUACAUCGUUGAGCAAACACAUGGAGGAAAUUUCGUACUUUAACAAAGUGAGGAUUUUUAGUUGAUCUGUCAUCAAAUUUUUUUGACUGCAUUUUACGAAAAUGCUAGAGACUCACUAUGAGACUUACUACUUAGAACUGGAGAAAGGUUAAAAAAUUUAUCUGCUCGUACCGCAGGGUUUGGGAUCCCAGCUGUCGGUUUGUGAACCCCCAGGUUACCACAUUGCAUUUCAGGCCUUUGAACCCUGAUAGCGUAAACCUUCUUACUUAUCUGGUUUUUUGUUUUCUUAAGGUAAGGUCCACUAUCUUCCUGGACAAGACUCGGAUGCUGAUGACAGUACGGUCCAAUGCUGCGGCGAUAAACCCUUCUUGACGACGCAGGCCGUCUGCUGCAAUGAUGUUGUCACGUCGUUGCUGUCUGUUAAAAAGGCUGAUAUGCGAUACUGCUGUGGUAAUCAAGGCUUCAACGCCGAAGAGAGUUUCUGUUUGACAUGCGGAAAAACAAAGACAGUCGUUCCACUUUCAGAAAAGGCCUUGUGGAGUUGCUGUCAAAACAAGAAGGUCUACAAACUCGAUGAUUCAAAGUGUUGUGAUUACGGCGUAGAGAAAGGAGAUCAGUGUAAGUACAAGCAUUAUAAUCCAAAAACCUUUUUUUUUCUUCGUAAUUUUCGAUCGACGUAACAACAAGGCUUCAACAUCUAUUUAUAAAAUAUAUGCAGCUCUAGUUAAAAACGUGAUAAAUUAUUCUCUGGCAAGCCUGUUCGUGGCGUUCACUCAAGUACACUACGUUCCUGCGAACAGAGCAAGGGCAUCCUUGCGUCUUUUGUUAGUGGCAGAACUGCUCUUGUAAGAAACGGUCAUACAUUAUUUUCUGGGAAGCUUGUUCAUCGCGCUUCCUCAAGUACACUACGUUCCUACAGACAAGCUAAGGGCACCGUUGUGUCUCUUAUCAGAGGCAAAGAAUUAGAACAGUUGUGUUUUACCGUACACAUACAACACAAUCACAGAAUAUAAGGGAGGAUACAAAGCGAUGCAUAAGUUUAACAAAUAAUGCGUCAAAAUGGAGUUUACACUUAGAUGUUUACACACACUCAUAACUCAUAAAGGGAAGGUAGGCAAAACGUUUCGCUUAUUGAUGGUCAUGAGACGCUCAAAUGAAGUAUUCUUCAUAUAUUCACAUGAAAGGUUAUUUACUCCCUGACGCGCUCACUAUAAAACCUGUAACUUUUUUUAAGCAAAAAAAAAGUUUGCAGUUUUAAUACAGGGUAUCCAUAAGUAGGGUUAUUGUGUCAUUUUAAAGGAUCCCUUUAAAAUGCUUGAAAAAGUAAUUUAGAUCUUAUCAGUACCAGCUAUCUGCUCCUGGAAGCAUUGUUUUAGAAUUUAAUCUUCCCUUGUAGGUAAGUGCAUAUUUCAUAACAACACUUUCCUGUCUGGAGAGCGUUUUGGAGACCCAACAGAUCCCCCAUCGACACCCUGCCGCAACUGUGUAUGUCAAGAUGGCACCACCAUUUGCGACACAGUUCUGCAAUGCCCAGGUCUACUGCCACAUGGCUGCACCUUCUACCCGGCUAAUGGAGAAUGCUGCCCCAUUUUCGAAUGUUUUGACAAGCAACGUAAGUAAGGAACAUUAAAGGAAUUGCAAAGUAAUAACAACAGUGUAUUUCCCCUUUAUAUUUGGGAAGGGUGUUGCGGUUGGGCUUGCUCUUUGACAGAAAGUGGACGCCAUUUAUAGUCAGGUUGGAAACACUAUACUGUAACACUCCGAAGCUCUGUUUUUCAAAUACAAAAAUAAGCCCAACCGGAUUUCUCGGAGCCUUAUCUGGUCCAAGUCUAUCUUUUCUAGUGCUGUUGUUUUAUUUGGCCUAUAGCUCUCUUAAGAUUGUCCAUAUGUCUAUUGCUCGAGCUUCGAAUGAGGAAAUUCUCUUUUGUGCACUUUGAUUUUGUUUGUUUUGUACGUACUGCUCAGGUGACAAUAAUCACAAGCUUUUCAUGAGGAGAAAGUCCCACGUUUCUGCCAACACAGUUUUUCCAGAACUGGACGCACUAACUAUUUCGGUUUGGAUGAGAACGGAGCAAACCAGUGCAGGCACCUUACUUUCGUACGCUACUAAAAUCCGAGCCAACGAACUGGUGAUCAGAUCGCAUCCUAAUUUCAGGCUGACGUUCAAGGAUUCUACCAGUGACGAGUUCAGUAAAACCCUAAAUGACGGUCGUUGGCAUUUUGUAUGUAUUCAGUGGGAAUCAUCGACUGGACAAUGGUCUCUUUUCAUAGAUAAUCCGAGUGAAGCGACAGAAACGUUCUCCCUCGGCCAGGGCAAUACACUUCAAAAAGAAGGCUACCUUGUUCUUGGCAGACAACAGAAGCCGAAAACAAAUCUAAUCGAUGCAGAAGCGUUUGUAGGAGAGAUUGCGUACUUCAAUGUAUGGACCUCGAAGAUCACUAACAUCAACGAUGUGAAGACGAAUUGUGAUGGCUUUCAUGGAGGGGAUUUGGUUCAUUGGUCCGUUGGGUCAACCGCUCCUGGGACCAUUGAUGCUCACCACAGUGCAUCCAUUAUAAAAGCUGAUGUCACGGGAAUGUGUACAAGUUUGUGCUAUGUUAGAUUUGCAAUAUAUUUAAUAAUAAAACCUUUAUCCAAGACUGAAUCUAUAAAACUAUUUGAAUCGUUUCUUAGUGGAAACAAAUCACACUAACUUAAAUAUAAAUCAGCUUAAAUAUAUGAUUAAUUGAAUAAAUGUAUAACUUAAUAAAUAAAUUAAUUAAAUUAAAAAAGUGGUAGAUCGUGUUUCAACUUCGAAAAUCCGGGCUUCGUUCUUUGUUUUGACGCCACAUUGGACGCACCGAGUGGGUGUGGAAACGAGGAGUACAAACGUAAAGGGGGACCGCGAGAGAGACGUAAAUAGAGGUGGCUGGUUAACAGAGCCGGCGGCUUAACAGAGGCUGCACUAACAGCAUUAUUCGGACAGUAUAUACAGGACUUUCACAAAGUCCCGAAAAUAAAGAUUAAAGAGCUUUUAAAAAACGGUCACAAUUUAUCUUGUAUUGUUUCGCAGGUCAAAAUGCUGAGAACGCUGACGUCAUUACACCAGGGAAAGAAGAGUUUAUAUGGGAGGCAGAUGGAUCUGAACUUGAAUCCCUAUCCGGGGAAACCUGUGCUCAAAGCACUGUGUUUCGUAUACAAAGCACAUAUCAUGCUUUCCGCCUUAAAGUUUGCCCAUCCUCAACUGCUGGCUCCCUUGGAAACCUCCACGUCUACGUUGUGAAAGGAAGCAGCGACAGUAAACUACACUGGCCUUUUCAGAAUUCUCUCUGGUUGUCUGUGAUAGUAAGGAACGGAAAUACAAAGAUACAUCGCCGUAUUAAAUACGACUCAGUUGAAUGGAGGAAGUCAAAGAGGUGGUCUCUGGUGACUGGUUCUUGUCCUUCUAGAGACGCUAUUAGCGACGUUUCAGAACCGCAGUUAAAUCCUGAGAGUUGGGAGUGGACAGAUUUCAUCACCCGGGCAGACGCCACAAAUAACUAUGAAGAUGGAAAGCUCCGAAUCAAAGCUAUUGUAUACACAAAGGAGGAAAGUAAGUAUAUACAGGAAAUUUCCACCUUGCUAGUGCGUUAUUCGUGGCGGAACACUCUUAAGCCUGUUAAUUUUAAUGUGAGACCCUUGUCACUGAGUUGACACAGGCUACAAGUUUAAAAAUUAGCAGCGUUUCUCCGUUUUUUUCCUGCGUCAGAAAAUGGACAUGUUGCGCAAUUCGAAAUUUCCCACCAGUACCUGCUCGGUAUUGCUCUUUUCCUCAUAGUUCGGCUUGAAAAUGCAUGACUACUGUUUGGGGGUACUAGAAAGGUUGUCCAAAUCGGUAUAUUUAAUUUUACCAUAUUUGACUUACCUACCACACCUCAAGAGAAGUUCAAAUUGACCGCAAGCACCAUUAGACUUAAAAUACCCUGCGAAUGAUAUCCAGUUGUCUAAUGAUGGUAAGAAUAAAAGAAAAAAAUUGUCAAGAUUUUGCCUCGAGGAGUCUGUGGUCACACAAACUAAGUGAGAACGUCAUGGUGUGAUUUAACUGGUAAAUCGAGUCAACUCUUUGCAGGUAAGAAACCGUCCUCAAGUAAGGUAAACGAAUGGAAAAAGGCUGUAAUUUCCAAUAAUUUAUCGAUCUGUGCUUUGUAACAAAUUUUACUGAAUAUUACUGGGCAUUUUGCUCGGUUAAUAAAUUCUUCAUUAUAUCGUUUUGUGAUUAUCGGCUGAUUAUUCUGUGGUGAUAAAACAUUGCUCUUCAUUUCACUAGCCCUCAAGGACUGCCUGGAAAUGCUAAGUAGCAGAAAAAUGAUAAUAGGAAACAAUAAAGGAUUCAAGAUAAGAGGCUUUGGUUGAUCGGUGAUGGCCAUUGCUAUGAAAUGACUUUUGCAAUUCAACGCUAUUUAAGGUGUAGUGUGAAUUAUUUGGCUCCUCUCCUCUUAAAAACAACUAUAUGUUCGGGACAGAAAGUGUCUUUGAGUAAAAACUAAGUCAUCAAAUCAUUUUCCUAGCUAUAAAACUUGGAGCUGCUACACAGAGAGAUUUAGUUAUAUGGAAGGACUUUCCGGGGCCGCUACACUAGUAGUGUUCUUGAAACACCCCCUCCAACACACCAUAACUUUGUAAAAUACCAUCGAAAAUUACAACCUCGCCAGAGUCGAAGUUGUCUUGAUUUUAUACGUACCCUUAGUUUCAAGUGUCAAGUUUAUUAAGUCUUCCAAAAGAUUAUUUACAAUGAACACCGCCUGCAAAUAGCGAGCUAAUCUAGGCAGGCGGUGUUAAGGAGAUACAAACACGAAUUACUAAUUGAAGGCGUUAAAAAAAGUAGAUUUUGAAUACAUUAUUUGUCAAAAGAGGAAAAAAAAGUGAUAAAAAGUGAAGAAAAAUAUUAUAAUUUAUGAUUGAAUUAUAAUUAAGAUGCCUUUUUUAUUUCAGAAAUAAGAGUGCUAGUGUCAGCAUAACUGUCCAGAGUUUCUAAAGUUACAAAUAGUAAUGCUUGAAUUUUCUUUUUGAAUAUGUGCUUUGGUAGUUAGUUAAUCUAAUCUGCGUAGCAAGCGCCUAAUAACGAUCCAUUGCUGUCUACAUUUUGUGUAUCUUAGGUGGCUGGGUCUAUUGGAAUGGUCAUUAUUACAGUCAACGUAAACGAGAUCAACUUAAGGAAUCAACUUGGUACGGAGCGGAAGGCGAUUGUAUAUCGCACGGUACCAGCGUUCAUUUGGCGUCCAUCCACAACAAAUUGGAAAACGACUUUGUGAGCUCACGCGCUUCUGGUGAUCAGUGGAUGGGAUUAACCGAUAACAAUAACCAAGAAAAGUCCUUCAACUGGAUAGAUGGCUCAGCUUUUGGAGGAUUUACUAAUUGGGAUACGAAUGAACCCAGCCAAGCAACGGAGCAUGGAGACUGUGGGGUACUCAAGGCCAAUGGAAAAUGGACCGACGAACCGUGUGAAGUACAAGAUACCACCAAUGAGGUGACAGUUAGGGACGGUGCUGAAGUAGCAGCCCCAGAAAGAGAGUACACUUGCAAGACUUCAGGUAAGAGAAUCCACCUUUGAUACAUUUAUUUUACAUGGUUUUCUUGGGAUGGAACAUGUGGAAGAAAGCUGUGAAAUAUAACUGAGUACACGUUUUUUUAUAAGAAGGAGGUCCGAUUUUGCGGUUGAGGCUGGAACGAAUGUGAAGGCUCCUAUUUUUGAGCCUGAAAUGCCCUUUAAGUAUGUUCUUACAUUACGCGUUAUACAAGGAAUUAUUAUGGAUGUUCUUAUUUUCUAUGAUAUGAACAUGACCAGGAAAAAUGGAAGCAUACAACUCUUUAAAUGUACUGACUAAUUUAGUUUAGUUUUCUUUUCUCUAAUGCUGUUGUUUUUCCCCGGGUAUUCCUCAAAUUUAAAUUGUUACUAGGCGUUUUUAGCUAGAUUGAAAUAAAUAAAAAUGCGUUGUCUUUGUCUCUCAGGCUGGUACGUUUGAAGCAUGUUUUUAACUUUUGGGUUUAUUUUUAGCCUCACCGUUCAUAAAACGAGAGUAAUUAGUGAUGAUCAUUUAUUACUAUUGUGGAUUACUGCUUGAAAAGCAAAGUCGGUAUUUGGUUUUACAUGCACAGUAAAUGAAAAUUUGCAAACAGCUUGAGUAAUACAUAAUUCCUUUUAUCAAUAUCUCACUAUAAAUUGACGUUUUCGUACUCAAAACACUUAGGAUGUAGAAAAGAAUGUAGAAUGGAAUUACCAGUCGGAAUCUCGACAUUAAAAAGGAGAACCUAUAAUGUCGACAAUGAUAGACAGUGCUUUUGUAUAGCGCACUUUUCCAUGCGGAUGUGUUCAAAGGCGCUUUACAUCUACGAUAUGAUUACAACGAAUGAGUAAGCCUAGGGUGGUCACACCAGGGUUCGUUACGUUCUCAGUGGUUCUUUUAGAAUGGAGAAGAGAACCGCUAUUUUCAGGUGGUUAUCCGAGCUUUAUGAAGGUUUAACCAGUUGUAGAUGUAUUAUAGCAACAGAAGCACCUUCUGCUCAGUAAUUAUUUAAGACUGAGUGUUCGUCCGGCCUUGGGUUGAGCGCAAGACCUCCCGCAUUGUAUUCCAGUACCGUAGCCACUUAGCAAACGGGUCGCGGACGAUGAAAAAGUAAAAUGUCGGAAACUCCAUAUAGAAAAACUAAAUUCUUGGAAUCUCGCUGAUGAAAUAGUAGAGGCCUGUAAACGUUAUGUUGAAAACUUAGAUUCUUGAUAUAUAGAAAAACUAAAUUCUCGGAAUCUCGCUGUUGAAAUAGUAGAGGCCUGGAAUCUCUACGUUGAAAACUUAGAUUCUCGGAAUAUCAAAUUUAAGAAACGUAUUAAAACGUAUUAGAAUCGUCUCCAUAAACGGACUAAGCAGCUCUGUCUUAACUGGAAAAAUAUAAGCUGGGAUGGAAUUAAAAAAAAAAAACAUUUUGUUUCAUUUCCUUUCUAUGUUAAUGUUUUUUGCAUGGCGUACUUUUCCAUGUGGAUUAUACCUCAGCAGUAAAACGUAUCUUUUCUCUGUUUUUAAGGGAGAUAUGUCGACUUCCAAACUCCACCAAUCUUGGAGAAAAAGGUAUGAUAUGUAAUCUAUUCGAGUUUGUAAUUCCUGGCCUAGUGUAAUCUGUGUUCCAGAGACUUUUUAUACUCGUUUAGAGUAUUAAUAAAAGGGGUUAUCGUAUCCGUUUAUACAGAAAUACACACCAUUCUUAACUAUUAAAAACGUUUUGGUUUGACAAGCGAAAGAUAAAAAUUACGGCCCAUGAUGCCGUGCCUUUGAGUAGCAGUAUCUUAACAGACUUGCUUCUGGUACUUCAUAACUUAAGAAUGGAUUGGUGGUAUUGCCUUGGACAUGCGCUAGUUAUUUCAUUGAUUGGAGCCCCGUUUGUUUUUACAGGUUCUACCUGGAAACGAAGCCGGCAUCUUUUCAGUUGAUGUCUCUCAAAAUGCCAAAAUAACCUUUUUUACCGGUCUUCAUCAAACGGCGCCAAAUAUGAAGUUUACAACUGUAGCUGAUAAAGUGAGGCACGGAGCAAGCUUUGAGUUUGGGACGUACGUACAGAUGUCUCCAGAACAGUUAGGCGACCUGUACGAAGAGCCACCGAGUGGUGACAGCUCAUCCGCCUCACCUAAAAGUGAUAAAAGUGGAGCAGCCGAUCUCGAUGGAGUAGUGGACAAGAUCACUAUAGAUCAUUACACUGAUAUGGACACAGUCGGUAAUCCGGCGUUCUCAAUCGAGUUUUGGGUGCGACCACGUAGGAUGCCUCCCAAAGAUCAAUGGAUGGCACUCUUUUCAAAAUCGUCCAGUUCCUCCGGCUACAUUAAUUUAAACCUCAAGUCUGACGGUCAGUUACAGUUCACAGUAGCCCCAACUGGUCAGGUGAAUCCUUUGAGAUUUGUUACAAGAAUAAGUGGUGACAAUUGUGAGAACUGCGAGAACUGCAAAAUCAAGUCCAUGGAGUUUCAACAUAUCGCAGUAACAGGAAGAGCUGGGAGUACAUUAAAACUUUAUGUGGGAGGAGACGUUUGUUUUUCCACGAAUGCAGCAAGUGAUUGGGAAGGUGUCACUGGUUUACCUGCUUCAAGCGAAGGGACUUUGAUUUUUGGUUCCCGCACAAAUCCACAAGAUUCUAGCACGCCAGUUAAGUUCAACGGGCAACUUGCUUAUAUCCGUAUCUUUGACAACGAGAGGACAGAGAAGGAAAUAGAAAGCAAUAUGAAUGAUCCAUCCUCGGAAAGCGGCGCUCCUGUAGGCUCCUGGCACCUCAGACUAUCUCAAGAGAUCAAGUUAAUUUACUAUGUCAUAUCAGACUCAACCCAAGUUUCCAGCCUUAAAGUAUUAGAAGACUUCACCCCGGCUUCCUCCAGUUUUCCAGUUGUGGCAUAUGAACGAAAUGAAAAGAUUUAUUUGUUUCGCUUAUCAGCUGAGAAUGAUGUCGUCGUAAAUGUGUAUCAGCUGACUCAAGAUCGAAGUAGUCUACAAGUUGCCACUCAGGGACACACAACUGUAAACACCGGCCCAAAAAGAGCUCAAAAAGGCUGUUUCGCAGUCGCACGUGAUGCCACAGGUGAUCGCUGGAUUGUUAUUACUUGUCGAGAGAGAACGGAAAAGCCAGUUGAAGUCAUUUUUAAUUGGCAGGUUUUUAAUACUAACCCUGAUGGUAGUCUGGUAUCAGCCCAGGGAGAUGGAAAACGGGGCGCGCUUCGUGUGGCUGGAGUUGAUGGCCUUGACACACGCCCCUCUGCUUUGAUUUUCGAUAAUCACCUUCUUAUUACUGCUGGUACCAACUAUAAGGCCAGGACUCUUUUUCUUGAUUUGAAACUAAACGGUGCAGGACUUCCGGAAGUGAGGCCAAGCCGUGUAGUCCCAUACUCAAUUGGUCCAAAUAUAAUUCACGCCGGGAUCAGUUAUUACGCUUAUCUUUACAAACCCUCAGGGUUUGGUGGAAGCACAGACUCGGAGCAGGUGUUUUUACGCCGGCUACCACCGCAGAGUCGUAGCAUCUCCUCAAGGUAUAGAGUCAGAGGGCAAAAGGUUGACCCUACGACACUUACAGCGCAAAGUUCUAUUGGACCCGACAUGCCCGAAAACGAUUGGUUCUGGUUCUUGUUCAGAAUAAGUACGUUGGGUGGUGGAAAUGUUAUCCAGAGUGGUCAGAGAGUCUUGAUUGAAACACCAGAUAACCACCCCAAUAACAAAUUUAAAUGGAACGUCGUAAGUUGCAAUGGUAAAAACCUUCAAGCUGUUCUAAAGCGACAUCUUUGGAAAUUUUGGAUAUUUAAGACGGAGACAUGUGAUCCUGAAAACAUAAAAGUCCUCCACGGAGACAUAGGACCGAAUGACUGCAUACUUCUCUGGCCCAAAAGUCUUCAAUCUGGACCCAACUGCUUCUGCAAGAACAUAAUCGCGUUUCCCACACAGCAACAAGUUGAAGGUGCAAGGCAGACCUUUGGUUCAUGGUUCGGUCCUUGGCGUCUUAUGUUGCCAAUGGAGAAUACUCCAAUUCGUCCAAUACCGGAACCAACAAGCUCGGGAGGAAUCGGUUCAGCACCAAGAACUGUUUAUGAAGGCAACAAAUACGCCUUUCUUCAUUAUGGUAGUGAAGGAAUAAAUGUACCCUCCCAUCGUGGAGUAAGAGCAGCCCUUCUUCGAUUUGCCAGAACCACUAUGGCUCCAGUUGUGGUAUCGAAAACUGGAGCCACUCCACCCAUCAAAGUAAUUUUUCGCGGUAACGGUGGACCCCUUCCUCUUGUUGGAGGGUUCCGGAAAGGCAGUGUGAACAUUGAAGCAGCGUUCCAGAACGUGUAUCGAGAGGGAAGUUUUGCUCAGAAACGAAUGACUUCAGGAUUGUUCUACAGUAUCUCUUAUGCACCACCGUCUGACGCCCAGUCAGACUCGCCUGGCCAGUUCACGGACCUAGCAAGGAUUGCUGGACUUUAUAGUUAUGAAUAUCCUAAUCCACCUCAGAACUUUGUCUGGUUACUUCCGCCACCUUUUAAGAUAAACGGUAUCUGCCAGGCAGUUUCGACACUUUUCGAUUUCGAUACCGAUACCGUAACAAAUGCCGCACCCGAUUCGGUUGAUAAGUUGACUGAGGUCGCCGAAAAAGCAGUUGGUCCUGGGAGUUUUAGCGAGGGCCUUUUUAAACCCCUUCUCACGGUCCAUAUCGAUAUAACGCUACUCCACGUUAUAGGUGAACGUGUUAAUACCGCCAUUUCCAAUAAGAUCAAGUCCUCUCUACCGCAACCACCGGGAAGUGAUAGUGAAACUGAGAGAGAUCCUGACCCAAGAUGGCAGACGGUUGGAGACGCGGAAGCCUGUUAUUACAUGUCCGACAUGUCUGACUGGGAAGACAAAGUUCUAAAAGGAAAAAUCAAGGACAAAUUGCAGCAGUUGUUUAAUUCAGAGUGGAUGAAAGGAGAGAUGGCUAUAUUAACAUCACAGAUAGCACCAGAGGUGAUGCGCGAUGCCUCCUUGAAGUAUUCCAGUUAUGGCGGAAUUGCUGUUCUAAUUGCCAACAGGCUCCGUGGACCGGACUUUUUGGAGCAAUUACUUAUUCAGGAUCUACCAACUUUGAAGCUUGUGCUUCACUCAUAUCUACCGGUAUUAGACGCUAUACGACCGGACCUUGGACUAAGUGCAAGAAAGGAUAUUAUCAGUUCCCUAACAGCGAGAGCUGUGCUUAAUCAGGUAUGAAGUAACUAACACAGACCAAACUGUUCUCCAGGAUUUGGAAAGGCAUCGUGCCACUUUUGUUUCUGUACGAUACGAUAGUUACUCUUUUGCGUUGUCUUCACGAUCAGAAAUAAAACAAUACAGUUAUUAGAAUUAAUAUUUUCAGUUAUUUCAAUAGCUAAGACAAUGUUUUAUUCUAUUCAUAAUGUUCUAUUCUGUUAUUCCUCUCAUCCGCGACUGAACAUCUCACGUGAGGUGCACAAUCGAAUUUAUUUCGAUGAAUUCUCAAUUAUCAUGGACUUUUGGUAGCCCUGGUCCAUGACUAGAAACUCGAAAAUCGCGUAUCAGCUCUCAGAACUUACCUAAGCUUCAUCUGCUUAUUGGCCGACUUCGCAGCAUGCUCCUACUUAAAACGCUUGUUAGCUAUCUCAUUUUAUUAUACGCUAGUUAUCAGUGUCCUUCUGGGGAAUAAGCAAAAGACGAAAAUUCUCAGCCUGCAACAGGCAAAAUGAAACCCGAGUUCUCUCGAUUAGAAUCCAACAUAUUAGACUCCGACUGUACUUUAUCAUCCAAAAUAGAAGUCAUGUUACAUGUCUCUAACCUGCCUGGACACUCUACGAGUUUUCACUCUGUCAGGGCAACACGGAAAGCCGAAAGAGUUUACAACAAAGUUUAUUUUUCAAAUAGACACCCUUUAUCUCCAUGGUGUUAACGAACGCUUUUCAUUCAUCUAAUUUACUUCCAUUCAUACGUUGCUAUGGUUCACCAGUAGCACAACUCCGAAUUUCCUGUAUAAACCAGGCAUAACUAAUAAUUCUGUAGAUCAGAAGAGUAGCCUUGUUUUUUGUAAGAAAGUCUUAGGUUAUAGAAAAUAUGACAUGUUUGCAGGGGAGCAAUCUAAACCUGCCACACCUAUUAAUGACUGUUACAUUAAGAGACAGUAAAUGAUUAAAGGGCAUGCGAACAUUGGAACAGAGAACGAUAAGACAUGGUUUGAUGCUACUCUGGUUUAUCAUGAAUAAUUGUAACUGAAAAGUUGCAAUUCGAGGCCUAUCGUUUGGACACUCCUGUGGCUUCAACGCGGGUAUGAAUGGAGGAAAAGACCCCAACGAAUUCACAUCUGAAAAAGACAAUACACAGGAGUGUCUAAACUUCGUGUCAUGUAUUGUAACUUUUCGGCAGUUACAUUCGUUCAUAAUAAUUCAGAGUAGCGUUAAUUUGUCUCUGACUAUAAGUGAUUUUCUACCAUACCCAAUUUGAUUGAAGAGCAUGUCUACCACGCAUCUUGCAUUGCGUGUUUUAGCUUGCCUUUGUGUUUUUCCAUAGCCCUGGAAACUGCUGAAGGCUUCAGAUAAUCAAGAUCUUGCACUCAAACUGGCUUUCGAGACUCUUGUGGGAAACCUAGUACCAGACGAAUUGCGCAUCCAAAUCCGGGACACAGUACUGUUGGUUUUUCGAACCUUGUUUAAUCCUAUGACCAGCACUCAGCUCGGCAUACUUGAACGUGUGUUACAAGUGAAGAAACAGAAUACACUUGGCGUCACUUCUCGGCGGGCACAGGAGUUCCAAGAGAAGUUUUUGGUUAUGUUCAAGGAAAAACGAGCUGAAGAUAUAGCAACUUUUCACAGCCUUCUCACCGCCAGAGACGAGGAAGAUGAGAGAAAUACACCGGGUGACGAUCUUGAAACACUGGUUGACCGACAUUAUGAAAACCGAGCAAUAAAGACUAAAAAGUUGCGCCUUUUAAUGGAUUUCCAAGACCAUGUACUACAAAAACGCUUAUACGCUCCGGAAGAAGGCGGACUGACGCCACGACCAGAGGGGUUUGUUGAAAGAAGGCUUGUGGAAAAUCCACGCCUAUUUGCGAAAGUGUCAUUUGCCUUUAACACCAUUGGUGCCCUCGGUGCUCUUGGUAGUAUCAUACUAGAGAUAAGUGACUCUGGUAGCGAUCUUUAUAGUCAUAACCUCAAUCAAUCCAUACCCGCCGGUAUCGGUGUAGCAGCAGCCUUCCUCGGUGCCAUUGGAUCAUGGAAAAGCUCCAUUGACUUCAUAAGGAGUAUAAGGGAGCAGAUCACUCCUAAUACCCCCAACAGCGCUGAUGUUGAAGAGAUACCCAUGCAACAACUAAACAGGGCAGCAGAUGACAUUCCAGUUUUUGAUAGACUGGCCGCCGCGGAUUUCCGAGUAGAUUUGGCGAGCACGGAGCGCUUUACUACGAGGCUCUCCAGAUACUUUACCAGAGCUGCCACGUUUGAAACAAAGCUUUUUCUGGGCCUAGGAGUCGUUGCAGACUUUGCGUUCCUUGGCAUAAGCCUUUAUAACAUUUACAAAGACAGUCAAGAAAAAACACUGGAUGGGUGGAAGUUAGCAGACGAUAUUGGACUAGCGGUUUCAUCUACUUUAGGGGCAGCAGUUGGUAAGUCAGUUUAUAAUAGCUACUUUUAAGGUGGUUUAAUUAAAACUCGUCAAAACACGAAAUUGAAGUACACUGAAAGGAAAACACAAAGCCAACAGAUCACCUUUGUCACGAGCUACACGUUAUCUGUCUAUUAUUAUUUCUUUUCUCUACUUACCCAACUUUCAAAUAGCUUUUCUGUGGAACGAGAACCAAAAUUUGCUGUUAGUGAUCAAGGAAGUUUUCUCCUCAAACAAUCCGUCGGCACUGGUAUUCUGAACUUAAAUUCGGGGUUAACGAUAUGACAGAAUAAGCUACUGUAAUUUGACGUUUCUUCAUAAUGAAUGAUUUAGAUGCUUUGGUACUCUUCCUACCAGGAGCCCAUUCCUCCUGUCUCUACCUACGAUCGCCUUCUGGCUAAAGAAAGCGUUUUAAGUUUCCAUACCAUCUCUGUUUUUAGCCUUGUUCUCAUGAGCGAACGAACAUUGCCCUAUGAGGCAGUUUGGGAAGUAACGCUUUAGUCGUUUUUUAUUGCUUUAGCUCCCGUAGGAGGACAACCGAAUAUAAGAGAAAAUCCCAUUGACCUUUGUUCGUCAUAAUGACUUCAAAGUAGAUCGAUAUAAAGUGCCAUAUCAAAAUAUAGUGUUUGAUAACGCACUGCUGUGGCCAAGUACAUCUAGUCACAUUCCAUUGCUUCGAAACUGACCUGCGAGAGCCAUUCUUGUAAGCAGCUGCUCCAUAUAAAGUCACCGUUAUUCCUUCUCCUGGGUAUCGACUUAUGAGAGUAUUAGCUGUAGUAUUAGUGCUAGCUGUAGUAACAACAACAACUAACUCCCUCCCUGAAAAAUUAACAAGAACACUGUCUUUAAGAAAGGGUUGGCUCAUUCCCUGGUAGAUGCUUUAUUAAAUUCUUAGAGUUGUUCUUUGUGGUUAAGAAUAAGUCUCCAACUAUGACAUGGCAUCUGGCGUCUUUGGAGGUACAUUUUACCCCAUUCCAUGUAAUCCCAAUUACCUUCAAGAGUGACUUUCGUUUAUGCGUUUGGGGUGCUGGGUUUUUUUUUCGCGAGUCCUUUUUUGCGGGUUCGACUUUGGGCCCCGCUUUGCAACUACGUGUCCGUAUGGUCUCCGAAGUGUGCGACCAAUAACCCCCAGCCCGUUAUUUCAUCUUCUUUAUAGAUGGCUUCCUUUUUGGUUCCCGAGGGCUUAAUUUUUGAAUUCCUUUAGGUCACCAAAUCUGCCGGAUAGUUUCAAGUUUCUUGUUUCUUUGUGAACACCUAGGGUUUAUUUUAAAGCUGUAUUGUAUUGAAUUAUUAUUUUUUUAAUGUACUGUAUUGGCUUCAUGCACUACUAUUAAUUACAAAAACUAUUGCAUAUAUCGCUUAACUUACUUUACAUUGGUUUCAACAGUACUAACGUUAACACUUCUCUUACGUGUAACUAACUAAUGCUAUGUAUGGUUUUGCGCUUAAAUUGCGAGGGGCAUUUUUUCGUUGCUAAUGACAAAAGCUUUCUAUUCUGUACUUAAAUAAAACUUUAUUAACAACGCCAGAAAGGUAAAUAGCUUGGUUAUGCACCUUACUGGUGUAUAUGUAGCAUUUCAUGAUUGUGUAAUUAAAUUUCUUUAAUAUUUCUUUUCCGUAUGGGCCAGAUAUAAUACCAAAUAGUUUCUCUCUGGCGUCUGCAAGGAGACAAAACUGAAAGAAUUCCAGUUUAAAUUAAUUCAUAGGAUUGCAGUUACAAAAAAAGAGCUUCAGCGAUAUGUUAUUAAAGCGGACGAUGAAUGUCUCUACUAUGGUGAGAAAUAUUCAAUUGAUCACACUUUUCUUAACUGUCGAUUUGUAAAGAUUUUCGUAAACAAUGUAAUUGACUGGUUUAACGCUGCCAACAACUCGAAUUAAAUUAUCUUUUUCAGGAAUUCUUACUAUAGCUGGGAUCGAGACAGGGCCUGCAGGGAUAUUUGUUCUACUGUUUGGACUCGCUUUCGUCAUCAGUGACGCUGUCAGGGCUCGCAAGAGGGCUGAAGAAGCACUUCAUCAAGCACGCUGUGACGCUUGGAGAGAUUGGUGCAAUUGGGGAAAAGCCAUCUUUAAUAGGGAAGAUUUUAACUUUCUGUAA